AUGAGCGGCGGCGCCGCUCCCGCACUCAACUGCUCCGGCCGCGGCCUCCAGCGCCACUUCGCCAACGACAGCGAGAGCGAGGAGGCCGGCUGGCUCUGGGCGGACGACAUGCUCGGCGUUGUCUCCGUCGACUUCUCCCACAACGACCUGGUGCGCGUGCACAAGUUCCCCACGCUGCCUGCGCUGCGGGUGCUGGACCUGUCGCACAACCGGAUCGAGGAGAUCGACCCGGCGGCGUUCGAGCAGCUGCAGAACCUCACCGAGCUCGACCUCAGCAACAACGAGCUGGUGACCGCCGCGCUCAAGCCCAUCGUCUUCCAGGGCCUGUACGCGAUGCCGGAGUACAUGCCACUCAAGUCGCUGCGCAGACUCAGCCUGGCCAACAACGUGCUGCAUGCACUGGACUCGGACGUGUUCGACCAUAUCGAGAAGCUGGAAGUGCUCGACCUGAGGGGCAACAAGUUCAGCAUCAUCAGCCAGGUCACCGCCGACGCCAUUGGAUCGCUCUUCCACCUCAAGAGUCUGGACCUGUCGUUCUGCGACAUCGAGGCGCUGCCGGAGACGUUCCUGCACCCGCCGAAGGACCUGCAGCAGCUGUGGCUGGCGGGGAACCGUUUCACCAAGCUGCCGGACGAGCUCAAGAACUCACAUAACCUCAGCCUACUGGACCUCAGCCAAAACCCAAUCCCUGAGAUCUCCAAGGCGCAGCCGUUCCCGGCGUCCCUGGAGUCGCUGACGACGCUGGUGAUGACGUACAUGCCGGCGCUGCGCGUCGUCGACGGCUCGGCGAUGGCCAACCUGACGGGCCUGCGCGAGCUGCAGCUGCACCACAACCCGCGCCUCUCCGAGCUGCGCGGCGAGCUGCCCUACUCGCUCCGCAAGAUAUGGCUGAACGACAACAACCUGAGCCGGCUGGAUAGCGCGCAGGAGCUGGGCCGCUCCAACAUGCUGAAGCUGGUGGACAUCCGCUACAACCCGUGGGUGUGCGACUGCGACACGCAGUGGAUGGUCACCGUGCUCACGCCCCUCAUCAACCGCACGACGCCGGAGCUGCUCACUGGCGCUGGGUGCGAGCAUCCAGAGGGAGAUGCGUGGCAAGACGUUCGCGUGGAUGUGGCGCAGUGGCUACAACAUGCGCUGCCUACCCACUGACGGCUCCAAGCCGGAGCGCGACGCAGCCAUGCUGGUGGGCGUGCUGCUCGGUCUGCUGCUGGGCAUGGCGCUGCUCGGCGUCGCCAUCUUCCUGCACCGCCGCCGCCUGCU